AUGACGUAUGGUCUCCUGGUGUUCAGCACGGUGGUGCUCUACGCACCCCACUGUCUGCUCUGUGCGAUUGCGCUGGCGUGGCAGCCGGUGCUGAUCAUCAUUAGCCUGAUUUCCUCCUUUGCGGCGUUUGCGCCGCUCGUCGUGAGUGGUGCCGUCUUCCGGCUUCUGCGGCUGUCUCACGUCUCCACCGAUGUCACAGCGGCUGCGGUGGUGCUGCCGGUGCAUUUUGUGUUGCUGAGCGGCAUUCGUGUGCUCGUGUUGCACGGGUGCCUGCAGCUGCAACGACUUGGCUGGGCGAGGGGGCUGCUGCUCGUGCGCAGUCGGGUGCCGCUCGUCGCGCUCAGCAUCGCCGUCGGGGCCGGCUUUGGCGGCACGUCGUUGCUCGUCGGCGGCGGCGCCCUGCUCGCCGAAGCGUGGGAGGCACGAUUGUCUAUUCCGAUGAGCGCAGCCCAGAUGAACGCGUCAGCGGCGGUGCUCGACGAAUUGUUUUCCGCCAGCGCGAGCUGCGCGCAGCUUCCGCGGUUGGUGCAAUCUGUGUUCCAGCAGACCUUCUUUACGUGUGGACAGGUGGCGUGGUCGGUGAUGCUAGGCCAGGCGUACGCGGCCGCCUAUCCGCAGGCGCUGGAGGACCCGCUUUUAGAGAAUGCGGAGGUGGUGAGUUGCGAGGAUGAGCGAUUGACUGUAGCAGGGAAAGGGACACGUGAAGAAGCGUCAACACCCGCAAGACAUCAAGCGGAAGAUGCGACGAGGGGCGCGUCUCAGCCUGCUCCCUCGCGCCCCGCCAUGGCGAAAGAGGAGCCGGCGCGUUUGGGGCAUGACGACGAGGGGUCUCUACCGCCUGUGGAGUCGACCGAGAAAAGCGAAGGAAGAGACGUGGCAGCGCAGCUCCUUGCGUUCCAGCAGCACCGCCGCAGUUCACCUGAGGAGUCGAGGACGAGAAACCAACACGAGGCCUUCGCGUAUCAAGGCGCGACAACAGGGGAGCGCGUACCGCCGCCGCCGCACCCAUCCACUGAGAGAGCGGGGCAGAGGGAGGAAGUGGAAGAAGGAGACUUGGAGAAUCCUAGCACUACCGGUGCCUCCACCCGAGCGCCACUGCGCGGUACACAGGGUGCACGCACCUCCACCGCUUCCAAGGUGCCCUCGCCCUCUUCUCCCUCGUCGCACUCACCGGUUGUGUCUGGCCUCGUGGCAGAGUCCGUGCUGGCGCAGCGUCGGCCCACAGCCCUUCUCACGGGUCUGGCCGCAUUGGGUCUUCAUUUCCUGUACGUUAUGCUGCCUUUGACAGCGCUCUCCGAUGCUUCCGCCGCAGGCUCCUCGGGCCGUCGUGGGUGUUCCGCCUACAUCCCUCUGCAGUGCCUCCUCACCGUCGCUUCCGUGCUCUGGGGGCUGUGGAUUGUCCACUGCGAGCGUCACCCAUCUGCGUACGUGCGCUUGGCGUGA